AUGGCACUGAACGACUGGCUCGAUUGCGGCGAUUGGAAGGGUAUAAGAGGGGAGGAGAUGGCGGCCUUCUGUGCAUCGUUGAUAUGGUGGAUCGCGGCGCUCGUCGUUCUUUCGCAGUGCAUCCGGAUGAUCAGCUCGCGACAGACGGGACCGAUAUUGAACGAGAAAGGCGCGACGAUAGUGAAAGAGCAGAAGCGCAACAUGUUCCUCCGCCCACCCAUCAUCCUCACGGCCGUGGCCGUUCUCGGGCUCUGCGCGGUCGUCAGGGUGGCAGACGUCGGACACCAGUUUGGACGCCAGCUUUCGUCGUACACGGCAACGACCACGACCAGCAGCAACGAUGCCCAGUUUACAGUGGCCAUGGACUCAGACGUCGGCGCUGAUCUCAUCCCCAACAUUUUCGACCCAGAGGCGGUGGACCCCCAGAGUGUCUGCCCCGGUUACACGGCAUCCAAUGUCCAAGAAACUUCUCACGGAUUCACAGCAGAUCUCGACCUCGCCGGGAAGGCUUGCAAUGUCUACGGCAACGAGAUCGAGGCCCUGAAGCUCGUCGUUGAGUACCAGGCGGCAGACCGGCUUCAUGUCGAGAUACUGCCGAGACAUAUCGGCAAGGACAACUACACGUGGUUCAUCCUUCCCGAUGAGCUGAUUCCGAAACCUGAAAAUGAUGGGACUCAGUCGGCUGGUUCGGACAGCGACCUGGAGUUCAAGUGGGCCAACGCGCCGACUUUUGGCUUCAAUGUGACAAGGAAGAGCACUGGAGAUGUCCUGUUUACCACCGUGGGGACCAAGCUGGUCUUCGAAGACCAGUUCUUUGAGUUUGCUUCACCUCUUCCGAAGAACUACAAUCUUUAUGGACUCGGUGAGGUCAUCCACGGCUUUCGAUUGAACAGAAAUUUGACUAGGACUAUCUAUGCUGCUGACAUUGGCGACCCCAUCGAUGGAAAUAUCUACGGAUCACACCCUAUCUACCUAGACACCCGAUACUACAAAGCCGAUGCUGAUUCCGAUGAGCUCGUCUACGUUGCCGAGCCCACGGACAAGACUGCUAAUUACAAAUCGUUUACUCAUGGCGUCUUUAUGAGAAAUGCUCAUGGUCAGGAAAUCCUGCUUCGAGAGUCUAACAUUACCUGGAGAGCGCUUGGUGGAACAAUUGACCUCUACUUCUACGCUGGUCCCACGGCAGACUCUGUCAUUACCUCUUACCAAAAGAGCGCCGUUGGACUGCCUGCUAUGCAGCAAUACUGGACCCUGGGCUUUCAUCAAUGCAGAUGGGGCUACACCAGUUGGGACAACCUUCAGGAGGUUAUCGACGACUUUGUAAAGUUUGAGAUUCCACUUGAAACGAUCUGGGCCGAUAUCGACUACAUGAACCAGUACCGCGACUUCGAAAACGACAAGAAUAAUUGGACCUACGAAGACGGCGAGAAGUUUCUCGACAAACUCCACAAGAACGGACAACACUUCGUGCCGAUUGUCGACUCAGCAAUUUACUCGCCAAACCCCGAGAAGGAAGAUGACGCCUACCCAACCUAUGACCGCGGCCUUUCCUCAGACGCCUUUGUCCUCAAUCCAGACGGCUCACUCUAUGUCGGAGCUGUGUGGCCUGGCUACACGGUCUUCCCUGACUGGGUUGGUGCCGUGCUCGGUAAGAGCAAGACGUUUGCUUGGUGGAAGACAGAGCUUGAGACCUGGUUUAAGAAGGUUGCCUUCGACGGCAUCUGGAUUGACAUGUCCGAAGUAGCUUCGUUCUGCGUGGGCAGCUGCGGAAGCAAGAACCUCACCCAGAACCCUGCCCAUGUCCCUUUCCAGCUUCCAGGAGAACCCGGCAACGAAGACUACUCCUACCCCGAAGGCUUCGAGAAGACCAACGCCACCGAAGCCGCGUCCAUCUCUGCGCUCUCAGCUUCAGCCGAGGCUGCCAAAUCCACCGCCGUCAACGACGCGGAGCCAACCUCCACGACGACCUCUUACCUUCGCACCACUCCCACCCCCGGCGUCCGCAACGUCAACCACCCACCGUACGUGAUCGACCACAUCCACGGAGACCUCGCCGUGCACGCCGUCUCCCCCAACGCAACGCACCACGGCGGCUCCGAAGAGUACGACUUCCACAACCUCUUCGGCCACCAGAUCCUCAACGCCACCUACCACGCCCUGCUCUCCGUCUUCCCUGGCAAGCGGCCCUUCAUCAUCGGCCGCUCGACCUUUGCCGGGUCGGGCAAGUGGGCCGGGCACUGGGGCGGCGACAACUACUCGCUCUGGGCGUACAUGUUCUUCUCGAUCCCGCAGGCGCUGAGCUUCAGCAUCUUCGGCUUCCCCAUGUUCGGCGUCGACACGUGCGGCUUCGCGGGCAACGCCGACAUGGAGCUGUGCGCGCGCUGGAUGCAGCUGAGCGCCUUCCUCCCGUUCUACAGGAACCACAACGCCAUCGCGGGCAUCCCGCAGGAGCCGUACCGCUGGAGCACCGUGGCGGACGCGUCCAAGAAGGCCAUGGCCAUCCGCUACGCGCUGCUGCCGUACAUGUAUACUGCCUUUUACAGGGCGCAUACCCUCGGUGAUACGGUGAUGAAGGCGCUUGUGUGGGAGUUUGCGGACGAGCCGUGGCUGGCGGAUGCGGAUAGACAGUUUCUUCUGGGGCCGGCUGUGCUUGUUACGCCCUGUCUUGUGCAGGGGGCGACCACGGUUGAUGGCGUCUUCCCCGGUGUUGGCAAGGGCACCGUCUGGUAUGACUGGUACAACCAAUCCGCCAUCACUGGAGUUACUUCUGGGCAAAACGUCACCAUCGACGCGCCGCUUGGACAUAUUCCUGUGUACCUCCGCGGCGGGUACGUUAUUCCGACUCAAGAGCCUGGCAAGACGACGACAGAGAGCAGGGCCAACCCGUGGGGGAUCUUAGUUGCGCUUGACAGCGAGGGCGGCGCGCAGGGUAAUCUUUACGUGGACGAUGGCGAGAGCUUGGAGCAGGAGGCUACUCUGACUGUAGAGCUCACCGCCUUGGACGGUGUUCUUAAGGCCAGUCCCUCCGGAGAGUACAAGGACGCCAACCCUCUCGGCAAUGUCACAGUCAUGGGAGUCAAGCGGGACGUUUCGGCCGUGACUCUGAAUGAUCAGGUUCUUGAGAUCUUUGACUUCGAAGGGGGCAUGGAAUUCCGAGUGGACAUUGGCCUGGGCUUGAUAGAACGUUGGAGCAUCAUGGGCUUUGGUCGCAACGCCGUGACAGCAUCAUAG